UUUAGUGGAUAAAAAAAAAUUGGCAAUGUUAAAUGAGUUGUUUAUGCGCAUGUGUUGUUGGCACGAGCCUCCCCUCCUAUCUACUGUUGUGGAUUUUGAAAGGAACCCGCUGGAGAGUGAAACACCAUUUGACUUGGUGUUGUUGUCUAGAACGCAGGUUCUAAUAAAUCAGUUAUGGUAGCAAAUUGUGACGUCCUUAUUGCUGACAAUAGUGUAUCAUCAACAAUGCCAAGUAGUUCGAAAGUUGUCUUGGAGACUUCUCCCCAUACCAAAUCGGAAACGAGGAGAAAUAACAAACCCAUCAUGGAAAAACGGAGGAGGGCUCGAAUUAAUAAUUGCCUAAACGAAAUGAAAGCGCUAAUUUUAGAAACAACAAAACGAGAUCCCGCACGUCAUUCGAAAUUAGAAAAGGCGGAUAUUUUGGAAAUGACGGUGAAAUAUCUUCAAAGCAGGAGAAGAAGGGACCAAUCCACGUUUUCUCAUCCAGAUCAAUUUAAAGCGGGAUUCGGAUUUUGCUUAAACACCAUCGCGAAAUUUCCCGGAUUAGACAUUGGGACGAAAAAGAAACUUUUGCAACAUAUUUCUAGUUAUUGUAAUAAUAAUAUUCAACAGCCACAAAUGGUUAUGAAUCAAAACCAAAAUAACCAAAAUAAUCAAAACAGUAAAGUUUUAUUGGCAAACGUUUCUCUUUUAUGGCCGAGUGGCGGAACAGUUCAAACGAUUUCUGCCAAUCCUAACAACCACUUUAUGCUUUCGAUUCCACAAAGAACACCUUCAACUCUAUCUGCGUCAUCUUCAAGCUCCAGGGCGGAUACGCCGGAGAUUAUGGAUGACGAUUCAAUGAAACCACUGUCUUUGGUCGUGAAGAGGCGAUUUGAAGACGAAACACCGAGCGUGUGGCGACCUUUCUGACCUCUAAUUAUGACUUAAUUGCGAAUUUGUGAUAUUAAUCCUUGCCAUAUUAUUUAUUUUUAUCAUAUUGACAAUGUGAUUGUAAUUAAUAAUGUAAUUAAUCCAAAUAAAAUGUAAAUA